CCCUUUUCUUUGCUGGAGAGCGGGACAGGCACCCAGAGGGGGAAAUACAGGGCGAGGUGAGGGACGGCCAGGCAGGCGAGGGCUCCGGCAGACAGCACCAAAGCAGCCGAGGGGGCGGUCGGGGGAGUUGACCAAGUCCAACAAUGGGUCUGCUCGAGUGCUGUGCCAGAUGUCUCAUCGGGGCACCCUUUGCUUCGCUGGUUGCUACUGGCUUGUGCUUCUUUGGGGUAGCGCUGUUUUGUGGCUGUGGGCACGAGGCCCUCACAGGCACAGAGCAGCUCAUUGAGACCUACUUCUCCAAAAACUACCAGGACUACGAGUAUCUUAUUGACGUCAUCCACGCUUUUCAGUACUUCAUCUAUGGCACGGCCUCCUUCUUCUUCCUCUACGGAGCCCUGCUGCUGGCCGAAGGCUUCUACACCACCGGCGCCGUCCGGCAAAUCUUCGGGGACUACAAGACCACCAUCUGCGGCAGGGGCCUCAGCGCAACGGUAACUGGGGGCCCGAAAGGGAGGGGAGCGCGAGGCCCCCAGCGAGCUCACUCGUUGCAGCGAGUGUGUCAUUGUUUGGGAAAGUGGCUAGGACAUCCUGACAAGUUUGUGGGCAUUACUUAUGUCCUGACCAUCAUCUGGCUCCUGGUCUUCGCCUGCUCCGCGGUGCCCGUCUACAUCUACUUUAACACUUGGACCACCUGCCAGUCCAUUGCCAACCCCAGCAAGACCUCGGCCAGCAUCGGCACCCUGUGUGCGGAUGCCAGGAUGUACGGUGUGCUGCCCUGGAAUGCUUUCCCCGGCAAGGUGUGUGGCUCCAACCUGCUCUCCAUCUGCAAGACCAGUGAGUUCCAGAUGACUUUCCAUCUCUUCAUUGCGGCCUUUGUGGGGGCGGCUGCCACGCUGGUCUCACUGCUCACGUUCAUCAUCGCCGCCACCUACAACUUUGCUGUCCUCAAGCUGAUGGGCCGAGGCACCAAGUUCUAGCCCACGGUGGAGCCCAGGCAGACCAAAUGCCCUUCUUUUCUCUAACCCCGAGGCUUUAACACUGCAGCCACUUGACACCAGUUCUCCUGCAUUAACUCUGCCUUCGUCGCUGACUCCCCUCUUCUUCCUGCCUCGCAUCCAUCGUGCUGAGCAUGACCAGGAAGGAGAGCUUUCCACCAAUGGACACCUCUUCAUGCACUUUUCUCUCUCUGCUCAUCCAUAACCAGUUUGAUCUAGGGCCAAGCCCUUCAAAACCAGCCAGAGAAAAGGAGGGACUUACUCCAAUGUCCCAGUGUUGCCUAGGGAUGAGCAAAGGCCUUCAUGCUCUUGGGAGGAGGAAAUCCAUAUAGGUUGCUCCGUGAGUAGCAAGAGGCUACCUAGAGAGAAAAGGAAGUUGGCCUAGUCCUGGUACCAUUGCUAGAGACUCUCCUGGAGCUGUCUGCUAUCACCACCCAUGGAUGGAGAAUAAAAGAAGGAUUCUUUUUUUUUUUUUUUUCCUUUAGCAAAGAAAGAUGAAUUUACCCCAAAUUGCCUGCUGUGGCCAAGGCAAAGGGAGUUCAGGGCAAGGAUCUUCCGACUGCGGAGAAGAGAGUGCUGACCCCAAUGCUCAUAAAGCCCUAACCCAGCUGUCCCUAUUAAAGCCUAAAGGAGUUUGGUGUCUCUGUAGACAAGGGGGACUCUUGGCUUUACCCUCCAGGCAGCAGAGAGGCGGCAGAUAGGUCUGACAGAGAGGUGACACCCCUCUCUGCUCCAUGCCCCGGGAGCAUAAAGCCAGAGCCAUCCCUCUGCAGGCAGGGAUGACCCUCUGGACUGCGCCGCUCCCGCCGCGCUUGCUGCGCCCUCCUGUCCCUUCACAAUGGUGCUCUUCUCUGGGGUGACAUCUGCUUCUCUAACCUCCGCUGCGGCGGAGACCUCGGUUUGUUUCUCACCAAUGUCAAACAUAACUUGCCCCUCAUUCUGUCCCCUGCUCCUUUUGUCCCUCACGUUUCUCCCCCCCCCAUGUUUCCUGCAAGUCAGGAUGACUGUCUUGUGUCUGCCGGGGUGGGAGGGACUGGCAGCAUCUCACUUCCAGCUGAAACCCAUGAAGCAGUUGAAGAGGGAAGGAAAGGCAGCGGUUUGGGGGUCACAGAGCAGAAACACAGCCUGUGUCUGCAAACCAGAUCCUUUCUGGUGCCAAUUCAGUCUUUUCCCAUGGAGGGGGGCAGUGAGGCAAGGGGUUUGGUGGAGAUGACCUCUCCCCCAUGAUCACUCUCCAUGGCUGGGUAUCAUGGGUCCAGCCAGACCUGCCAAAAUGCUGUUUCCAGUCCUCCCUGCCAGUUGGUAUUUCGUUUUGCUCUUUCCUGCCUCUCCUUAACACUAAUCUUGGUGUUUAUUUAUUGGAGAAACUACUUUCAGUGGCAGACUGUAGCUCCAUCUUGCAUGGAUUUUAUUUUUUCUUGUCUGUAUUAUUAUGAUUUUUUUUUAAGUGCCAGUUUCAGCAGGGGCAAGGAUAAAGGAGCAGAUCUGCUGAGCAGAGCAUUUGAAGGAUCCUUGCCACCAGGAAUGCUGAAAUAGGUUGGCCAGGCUACGAACGCACAUGGGCUGGGGUGGGGGGAGAUGGCAGGAGGGACAGCAGGGUGGGGAGAAACCAGUCAAGAUCUGGAAAUUCACAUCAACACUAUCUCUCUUGGGGUUUUGCUGGGGGUUUUUUGUAUCCAUUUAACAAAAAGUAACCAGAUCCUCCUUCCCACUAUUAUCCCCAGACCCCAAACACACACACAUGGACACAUGUGCACACACACACACACAAAAAGAGAGUUAAUAAACUGAAAGUGUUUCCUUCAUUUCUGAUCUAGAAUUUCAACUUGUUAACAAGCAAUAAAAAGGAGCAAGUUUUUAGAGACUUAUCUUACAAGAUGUAUUUUAUAAAAAUUAAAGAAAAUAAAUUAAAAUUAAGAACAUUCUGAACAAGA